CGGCACGCCCCAGUAUUUAAAUCAUGCUGUUUUUUGCUGUAGCUUUUCUGAGUUUUCUCUUUAUUUUUAUCUCUCUUCUCUUCUUUCUCACGUAUAGAAGGCCAGUAUGUACUGGAAAGAGAGCUGGAGAGGCCAGAGCACCUGUUGAGCAGCUCUUGGACCCUUCCAACAACCCAAGCAUGAUUAAAUAUGAAGUGAAAGAUUUGUCGUCUCCGAAACUAGUUGGCUAUCUAUUUAGGAUCCUGUCGUUGAAAUUGUUAUCUUUACUUGGUAGCUUUGUCAUUAGGAACGUUAAGAAGAAGAGCAACCUUGAUCUUAUGAAUGGUGAAUACAUACCAGAGCCACCAACACUCUUCCCUCCUGUACCUCCUCCAUUAAGAAACGAAGCCAUUGAGCAGUCCAAUGCUAAACUAUUGGAAGAUAUUGCUGGCAGUUAUGCUUCGACUAAUGGUCGUAUAUCUUCCUUGGAUUAUUGGGUUGCCUAUAAGUCUGGCAAUGUUGAACCAGUGGAUGUAGCUAGGGCAGUACUGGAGUCUGUUAGAGUUUCUAAUUCCCGUUCACCACCUUUGAGAGCUAUCGUUGAAACUGACGAUGAGCUCACGAUGAAACUGGCUCAAGAAUCGACUAGAAGAUGGAGAGAGGGGAAGCCCCUAUCGUUACUGGACGGCAUUCCUUUUGCAGUGAAAGCUCAAAUCAAGUUUGAGUCUUAUUCUCUGACUGGAGGAGCUACUUUCGAACCGACCUGUUCCCUUGGUCUUAAGGAAGCCAAGGUGGUUAGGAGGCUUGUUGAAGCAGGUGCCAUAAUGGUCGGUCUUGCGAAUAUGCAGGAAUUUGGUACUGGGGUUUUUGGUUCCAAUCCACACAAGGAGUAUAUGACUGCAAGAAACCCUUAUAAUGAUGAGUGCUAUUGUGGGGGGAGCUCCUCUGGAUCAGCAGCUGCUGUUGCCUCUGGCCUCUGUCCUAUUACAAUCGGUGGUGAUGCAGGUGGAUCAAUUCGUACUCCAUCCUCUUUUUGUGGCAUUACAGGUCUCAAGACGACCUUUGGAUCUUUAGAUUUAACUGGUUUCCUACCUCAAACCCCCUCUGUUGGUGUGAUUGGCCCAAUGUGCUCAACAUCAGUUGAUGCAGCCAUUGCAAUGAAUGUAAUGGAGCCCGGAAGGUUUGAUUUGAGUGGAUUAGCUGAUAUUAAAGAUCUCAGUGGUCUAAGGAUUGGGGUUUAUAAUGAGUAUUUCGAUGAUGCCGAUCCUCAAGUUGUUUCGUUAUGUAGGGAAGCAUUGGAUGCUUUGGCUUCCCUUGGUGCUGAGGUUAAGGAUAUUGUCAUACCAGAGCUUGAGGAGCUGAGAGUAGCUCAUCUGACAACAGUUGCCACUGAGUUCUUUACUAAUUACGCUGUUGAUAUUGAUAAAAGAGUUGAAGAGAUGAAUUCUGAGACCAUUAUGCUAUUUAGUGUCGGUAAGAGUGUCUCUGCUAAAGAAUACAUCAAUGCACAGAAGCAGCGAACUCGAUCAAUUUCAAUCAUAAAAUCUCUUUUUGAAGAGGUUGAUCUUAUUGCUACACCUGCAACUGGAUCUGUGGCUCCAGCUAUACCUCCUGGGGCUGAGAAGUACGGGUAUGGGAAUAUGGAAUUAACUGGUAAAAUUAUUAAAUAUGCUUCUCUUGCUAAUUUCACCGGGAUACCAGGAAUAAGUAUACCAGUUGGUCUCACUAGUGGGGAAGGAGGUGGCCUGCCUGUUGGAUUCUUGCUACAGAGCCAUUGGAAUAAUGAAGGAUUGCUGCUACGUGUUGGCUCUGCACUAGAGGAACUCAUUCCAAUGGAGAAGCCACCAAUUUACUACAACAUUAUUGAAGAGGCUAUGCAAAUAGAGUAAAUAAUACCUACAGGUAUUAUUUAUUAUUUACUCUUGCUAUUAGUAAUAGUAAUUGA